AUGCAGCAAGUUGAUGUGACUAUUGUUGGUGGUGGUCCUACUGGCCUCUUUGUUGCCCUUCUUCUUCAACCACUGGGCAUCUCAGUUCGUGUCCUCGAUGAGAAACCUUGCUCUUUGGAGCUUGGUCGAGCUGAUGCGCUAAAUGCCCGAACUCAGCAGCAGUGUUGGAUAGCCACGCUAUGA